GCUCGCGCGCCGCCAUAUUCCUGACGGUUAUUUUGAUUCGGAUGUGAAACGGAGGAAAAAAGCGAAUAUUCCGAGGAGCCUGAACACAACAAACUGCUGUUAUUCAGACAGAAACGGCUAGAAAGUACCGAGUGUGUGAAAUACCAGCGGGGGACGACGGACUCGGUGCCCCCCAGCUCACUGAACAAAAGUUACUCCGUCCUCAGCGCACUUAGGCCCGGCUCCGAGUUCCUCCUCUCGUCCGGCCCAGCGGAGCCUCGGCGACGGGCGGCGCGGGUGUGAAAGGCGGCGCGGGUGUGGAAGGCGGCCCGGGGAGCAGCGUUUAAAGAUUUACUCCCAUUUGUGAGCGAGAUCAGGAGCGUGCACACAGCGGAAUCCAAACAUGUCUUGGCUGAUAGACUGCAUUUAGGACGAUGCUGGGAUAGAGCGAGUGUGUGUGUGCAUGAGUGUGUGCGCUGCGGUUCACUCCGUUCCAUCCUGGCAGUCCCCGAAUGGCACAGGGAAACCAGCGGAUUGACAGUCUAGUUGUGCAGCAGUUGCGCCAGAAGUUUCCAGAAGUGCCUGAGGGUGUCGUCUCUCAGUGUGUCAAACAGAAUAAGAACAACUUGGUGGCGUGUUGCGAGUACCUGAACCAAGUGAGUCCAAAGUUCCUGUACACCGAGGGCAGUCCGAGCGUGACCGACCUGCACAAUCACAUGACCCAGCUCAACGUGGGCGUGUCGCAGAAUACCCAUGGUGCCGUACAGCGCGACUCAGUGAAGAUGAACGGUAGCAGGACUCUCUCACACAGCCUGAGCGACGGGCCCGUCAACGGCCCUCCAACCCCGGCCUCAGACUUUUACCAAGCCGAACCUCAGUCGCACACUCACACACAUGUGCCCACUGCCUCGCUGAACGCUUUUUGUGUAAUGGAGCAGGCACGAAAGCCCCAGCCGCCGCAGCACCUGGGCCUCUACCAGCUUGGGGUCAAAGGUCACGGCUCAGUCGGACCCCCACCGUCGACUCCCCGUUUUAACCCGAUCACGGUGACUCUGGCGCCCAACACGGGCCGAAACACUCCCACAUCGCUGCACAUACACGGCGGUCCUCAGGCGGGCCCGAACAGCCCCAACUCCAUCUACAUUCGCCCCUAUGUUGCGCAGAUCUCUCAUCAAGGCGGUCAGCAUCACCAGACCUCACAUGUUUACAUGCCCAUCAGCUCACCCACCACAGCACAGCCACCUUCUGCCUUUGGAGCGCCAUCCGCUGCAGUCUCUCAGGCCCCCUCCUCUUCCUCCUCAUCGUCAUCCUCAUCUGUAUCUUCAUCCUUAUCAGCAAUGGCACCAGCCCCACCCUCCUUCAGCCAGUUCAACAUCCAGAACAUCUCCACAGGGUCAAAGAAGAACCAGAUUGAGAUCAAGCUUGAAUCCCCACAGCGAGUGGGAGGACCUGCUGCGGUCGGCCCCACAGCCACCCUGAUGGCCCCACGACCUGCGAGUGCUUCUGGAUCUUUAUCCUGCCCGUCAACCUCUUCCUCAUCCUCCGCUCCGCUCUCCAUCGAAGGGGCGGGACUUAGUCGAAGCCAGCCCACGGUCUACAUCGCCGCCUCGCCACCUUCCACUGCAUCUACCUUAACACCAUCGGAUGAAAGCGGGCUUAUCGCGCCAUCCGGCCGCACACAGCCCAAAUUCUACAUCUCCGCCAAUGCGUCAUCGGAUGAGAGUGGUCCUCGGAACCCGCCCACUCUUUACAUAUCGGCCAAUCCCUCUCAUCCUGCUGUGGCAGCAGGCCGGAGCCUAGGUGGACAAGUCAGCAUGGGUCCUGCGUACAUUCAUCACCACCCACCCAAAUGCCGCGCCUCAGUGGGGGCGGGAGGUGUAGCCACAUCGCCUCGGGUUGUGGUAACGCAGCCCAACACCAAGUAUACCUUUAAAAUUACAGUUUCGCCCAACAAGCCGCCCGCUGUUUCUCCGGGCGUGGUGUCGCCCACCUUCGAGCCCACCAACAUGCUGAGUGUUCCCGGUGAUCAGCACUACGCAGAGCCUGAGGUCCUCAGCCUGCCCGAGCCACCCUCACCUCACCCAAGAGCCACCGAAAGUCGCCGGCCCAGUAUGGGUUCUGAUGAUGCUGCCUAUACACAAGCUUUGCUGGUGCAUCAGAAGGCACGCAUGGAACGUUUGUGUCACGAGCUAAAGCUGAAAAAGAAGAACCUGGAGAAGCUGAAAGAGGAGGUUAACGAGAUGGAGAAUGACCUCACGAGGAGACGACUGCAGAGGUCCAACUCGGUCUCUCAGAUACCAUCUCUUGAGGAGAUGAAGCAGCUGAGGUGUAAGAACAGGUUACUGCAGAUAGAUAUCGACUGUUUAACUAAAGAGAUCGACCUCCUGCAGGCACGUGGACCACACUUCAAUCCCAGUGCAAUCCAUAAUUUCUACGACAACCUCGGCUUCCUUGGCCCCGUCCCUCCCAAACCUAAAGGUACACCAGCAGCAGGGUCGGAUCACUGGGGAUCUUUGGACAGGAGAGGGCGCAGAAUAAACGUCAGCUCCAAACUGAAAAGAGACCCCUCUCUUCCUCCUGUUCCUCCUCCACCUCCUCCUCCUCUCUCUCCCUCAGAUUCGAGCAUUAAGAUCAUAGCGCCGGAGGAUGAUGAUGGUGUUCAGUGGGGUUGUACUGCCUGCACCUUUCUCAACCAUCCUGCCCUUAUCCGCUGUGAACAGUGUGAAUUCCCACGACACGUCUGAGCCUCACAUACCCCCCGACACACAAACACACACACCCACACACCCACACACACAAGCUAGGCUAUUGUCUUGAUUACAGAGCUAUGGAUGCUAACACUGUGUGUGUGUGUGUGUGCACGUGUGUCAGCCUUGUUUCUUUCCUGCCUUUGGGUGUGUGUGGUGCCUCCCACUAAUGACUGGAUAAUGUUUACAGGUUUUUGUCCAUUUCAUUGUAUGUCCCGAGUGUGAGUGUUUAAUCUAAGCUUUCA